UCUACGUUGCCCGCACGGUACGCACGUCAAGUUACCGUCCUGCACGCUUCUUUGUGUUUGCGGGCUUUUGGCGCAUAUGUUCUUCAGACAUGGCCUCAAAAUGCCUUGUUGAGUUUCGAGAGAUGAAGAUCGUCGUUCAUUUCGGCGGGUCAUUGACACGGCAAGAGCUCAUCGGAAACCUGCAGGCAUCCAGCGUCUUGGCGAGUGUCGAUACAGCGCAGCUAAAGUUCACGGGUUGUGGAUGUUUUGGACGUUGCAGUAGCACAAAUGCCGCUGCAGCUAGCACCUACACUUACGUCAUACACACUCCCACCAGUAGCACUGGACAUCCAAAUGGCUGUUGAGAAACAUCGUUCUGGGAUGCACUUUGAAAAGAGGCAGCGACUCAUCCAGUGGUUGUUUCACGACCUCUGCUCAUAUGGAAUGCAUUCAGGAAAGCUGUACGAGGAAGCAAGCAAAGCGCUUGUAGCAAAAUACCCCGGUUUGGCUGACAGCACUGGAACAGGAUAUGUUGCUGAAGUGUGGGAUGGCGAAGAUGAGAGCAGCAUCAGAAGCCACAUCACUUCCAUGAAAAAGGAGCUUCUGAAACCAAAGGCUAACUUUUCAUAUGUCACAGAUUAUUUGAUGGAGACUGCUGCAAUUUGUUUGCUGCCCUGUCUCGUUAAAGAGCGCAAGGAAGCAUUUUUGACAACUGACAGGAGCACUGCGCACAGAGUGCUUACCGUGAUAUGCAGUGUUGAUGCAUGGGAUUCGACACCCUCUACGGUCUCUCUGGAUGAUAUUGCGAUUGAAGAGAACACGCUGUCAGAAGCCCUGUCAACAUUGUUCACCCUUUAUUGGGCGUUUGACAUCGUGCUUGCAAAAGGGGUGCACAAAACGCUGGCAGUCAUCGCUAAACUUUUGGAUGUACCAAGCAACGCGCACAUGUCGCCACUAGCGCGUGUUGCGUACACCGUGUUAAAAGCAUGCUUCAGUUGAAAAUUAAGCAUGUCAUUGCAUACAUUCAUAUUUGCCUAAGUGUCUUCUUAAAGAUAUAUGCAUUGCUUUAUUUACCUACUUGUUGGCCAGGUGCGCAUUUUAAUCAGCCUCGUUUAUUCUUUUGCCUCUCUUGUAUA